AUGGCGGAGGUCAGCAGAAGAGUUGGCAGAGAAGGUGGUCGAUUCUUCUCAAUGACAACGCGAUCGAGUCAGACAUUGUCCUCGAUUGACGGUAAAUUGUCAACAGGAGCGGUUCUAGAGGGCGCUUUGUUAAAUGGACCGAGGAAAGCGGGUGCCGUUAAUCCCGCGCGACUCCACGACAGCGAACUCAGUCAAGGCGACUGUCACAAAUGGAAACGGCCUCCGAUUGACAGGGUCAUUCGCGAAAGGUUGAAGGAGAAUAUAAACUGUACGGGCUCGGCCAAGCCGAAGAACAACGUCGUUUCGUUAAAAAGAGAGUUUCCCCGCGCGCCAGGGUUGGACAUGAAACCACUGCAGGAUGCCUACGGCAACUUUAGAGGAUUUACGCACGACGUCCAGGACAGAGCCGUGGAUUGUAAAAGCGAUAUAUCUGACUGGUUUGGCACUCUGGGUGUACCAAAGACUGAAUCACAAUGCCUUAAAAGCGAAGAUCCAGACUGUCGUCACAUGCUGUCCGACAUUUGCUCACAGACGCCGGUUCACGCGAUCUCAUGCCUGAACAAAAAAGUUUUUCUGACACCUGUCACCCUCUUCGCGAAUCACCAGCAGCGGAGAGGAUUGUUUACCCUACAAAAACUGUCUGAAAUGCAGCGGAAUAACUUUCUGAAAGCUGGAUGCUCCGAAGUAAUGGCACUCUUUCGGGCUUACAGUUGGUACGGCCAGAAUAGCGGUUCAACGGCACCUCCACUCUCCAGAGGGAGAACGGCGUAUUACGAUAUCUUGCGAGUGUCCCCAAACGCCACGCAAGCUCAGAUUAAAACGGCGUACUACAAACAGUCGUUCAUGUACCACCCGGACCGGAACUCGGGGAGCGAAGAGGCGACGCAGCGCUUCUCUGAAAUCAGCGAGGCUUACACGGUCCUGGGUAGCAUUGCUCUGAGGAGGAAAUACGACCGCGGAAUCCUGAGUCAGACUGAUGUCCAAGGGGCCGGAAAGCCCUCAGUCAGAGAAGCGCGCCGCUCCAGCCCCACGGGACAACAGCAGCAGAAGGCUCGAUACACCCACACCAUGGGUGGCAAGAAGAUAUUUGAUUUUGACGCCUUUUACCAGGCACAUUACGGCGAGCAGCUCCAAAGGGAAAGAGAGCUUCGCUUGAGGAAGGAGAGACUUCGCCAGACACAACAGAAGGAAGAGAAGUGGAAGUUUGAAAAAAUGACAGAGCUUUCCGUGGUGAUCGCGAUUGCAUUUGUAGUCUGUAUUUUCGCCAGUAUUUAGCCAAGUUUGGAGAACCCACGGUAAUUAAGCAGAACCCACGGUGAUGUCCUUUAGGUACAGGCUACUGAGAAACGACUGUAGGAAGGUGCGAUCUGAUCCAGGGGUCCCAGGAUAAAAACUCGCAUUAAAUGGGCACUGAUACAGGCAACGGUUAUUGUUAUUCGGCAUAUACAGUCGCGCAGCAACAGUACCGUCAUAUACAUGUAGUUAGUAGCCAGACAGUACCUCUAAGAAGACCAAUAUAUGGAACUUAUGAGAGCUUAUAUUGUGGAGUUUUCUCUGGGUCCACAGAUGCUGUCAACAUGGUGAAAUCUGAAGAUGAACCUUUGACUCUUGUCGAGUAUGGUGAUAAAUGGAUAGAAAGGAUAUUAACAGUGUAUAAAACAAAGUCCAGAUGAUAUACAUACUGUAUAGUUUAAAAACCUCCAAAAAUCUCUUACUGUAUGAACCACACUUCAUCUGACACAGCUUGUGUAUUUCUUUUUCAUGAAAUGUAGCAGUUCAGAUGUAGCAUUGCAACAGCUAAAACUGAGGCUGUUUCAGCAGUGGCACGAGUGAAAACCUCCUGAUGAACAGAGCCUCUGAGCACUGCUCUUAGAGCCGUAAUGGAGGAAUUACACCGAUACCAGGGCUGUAUUGACAGAGCCUCUGAGCACUGCUCUUAGAGCCGUAAUGGAGGAAUUACACCGAUACCAGGGCUGUGUUCACACCAUCUUUCCUCACAUAACCCAAAGAGGUCAGCUGGCAAAGUGAAUCAUUCAGGAGAAACUAAAGCGUGUGGUAUUUAAUAAAUACUAUAUAUGUCGUUCAUUUCACAGGACAUUGGGUUCUCUCAUGAGUAGGUGAGUGAAUGUUCGUUUUCAUGACGUACAGAAUGUCCAGUCAUGUGCCAGGUGUAAUCCAGUGCUGUAGACUGUACAUUUACCUGAGGGUGUUUCCCUCAUGUCUCUCCUCACCUAUACAUCCUGAUAAAGGCGUCUGUGUGUGUGUGUGUGUGUGUGUGUACAGCACAGUAACACAGCUGAUGAUAAAGGCUUCUGUGUGUGUGUACAGCACAGUAACACAGCAUGGAGGGGGCUUGAGCUUGUGUUGCUCAGUAGACCUAUGCCUGAGUUCUUUUGGUAAUAUUUUCCCAUUUCAUUGUUUUUGUUCAGUUUCCACAAUAUUAAAUAUUAAUAUUGAUGGAAGAGUGCCGAUUGACAAUUGGCAAAACUAAAUUUUUGCAUGGCAUAGCCUUUUCUGUGCAACUUCUUUUGAGUUCCUCUGACACAGAGUUUAGCUACAAUGAAAUGCACCUUUUAAAAAAUCAUUCAAUAUUUUUAGUCCACCCCCUGCCAUUUUCUAAACUUCAAUAGUAUGCAGUUUAGUUUGAAACCUCAGUCGUAUGGAUCUGUGCAAUAUCGAAACCAGUUAAUAAUGACCUUGAUUCAUUAUUUUUACACUCAUGCACUUUAUCAUGUUUUAACAUGUAGUUGUUCUUGUGCAAUAAGCAAAUAUUCAUAUGUGUGCAGGAGUUUAUUUCCACUGGUAACAAUCAUUGCAAGUAAUUAUUGCAACACCUGCCCCAGGAGAUGAGUGUAAGGUUAUUUCAGUGGGAUGGAAAAAGGCCCAGACGCUGUGUGUGGCUCUGAGCGAAGCCUAUGUCUGUGUUGCACAUGUGACCAGUAAGAAAGCUGCACAUACCCCCUGCUCUAAAGUCCCACACUGAGGAGCUCUUCACUGCACAAACAUUAACACAGGAAAUCUCCAGUCAGGAAGGCAAAAGUGGUUUGAAUAGUGCAGGCUUUGUGUUAUUAAUGUUUUCACACUGUUAGACCCUGUAAAACUGUAAAACUGUGUCAAUCUGCUCUCCAGUGCUAUCUACUGACAUCCACAGUGCAGCCAUUUUAGGGGAACAACAAAUCAGAAGCAUCUUUCAACAAGAAGAUUGUUGUUCUCUUGGAACAGAUUGUGUGGAAUUAUUUUGAAUUAAAUGUUUUAUUUUGUUUGCUGAUUAUGUUGAUAUACAGUAAUUAAGAUGGAUACUACAGGGAGAGGGGUUGAUUUUAAAAGUUUGGUGGAAAUAUUUUGUUUAAUACCAGACUAUUUCUUGAACAGUCGACUUGUUCAACUCACCACCUUCUGAACUGAAGAGGAAUUUACCCCAGAGCAGUGUGCCUGGGUCCUGAAUGAACACGAGCAGUGUGCCUUUUCUGAGGAGUAGAAUGUCCUUGAACCACUUGGUAGGAGUGUGAAAACCCUGGACGAUAUUUCCUAUAGAAUAUAGCACAUGAUGUUUCAAAACAAUAAAGAUUUGAAGAAUGUA